AACUCAGAAAGUGAGAGCUUUAUGGCGUUCAUGGCGGUCGGGCAGUGUAUGGGUACCUCCAGAAACUACAAAACAAAUGAUUUCAUUUUCGACUAAACUUAUUUGGACGCCAUUAAAAUAGUUCUCGCGAAGAACUGAAACUUGAAGUUUGGAUAGUGCUAAAUUGUUUUUGGUAUAUGGGUCCCCAAAAUCCCAACUUAUUACUCCUACCGGGUUCGACAAGCAGGGGCGGGUUCGUGUCUCAAUCGGAAAAGCUCCACCUUCAGAAGCCUCUGUGGCUCUUACUUUGUCUCGUCUUCUCUUAUUCUGGAUCCAAAGCUUGAAGUGAAGGUUCAUGCUUCUUGGAAGACAUUGUAGCUGAUGCGGAUAAUGGUUGGAAGGUUAUCAACUAGGUUGAUGAACAUUUGUGUAGCCUCAUGUUGUAAAUCCCGAAACUUGGCCAAAGCUGAAGCAGUUAUUGUUGAUGGUAUAAGAUUAGGCAUACUUCCCAGUGUGAUCACUUACAAUACUUUGGUUGAUGCAUAUUGUCGGUUUGUUGGACUAGAUGUAGCUUAUUCUAUUCUUGAAAGAAUGAAAGAAGCUGGGAUAAAGCCAGAUGUUGUUACUUACAAUUCUUUGAUUGCUGGGGCCAGCAGGCGGCGCUUAUUAUCACAAGUCCUAGAUCUGUUUGAUGAAAUGAUUGAAGCAAAUAUUACUCCAGAUUUAUGGAGCUACAAUACACUGAUGCAUUGUUUCUUUAGUUUAGGGAAACCUGAUGAAGCCAAUAAUAUUUUUCGGGAUAUCAUACUUAGUGAUUUUUCUCCCUGCUCAACUACAUUCAACAUCAUGCUUCAUGGUCUUUGUAAAAAUGGUUAUAUCAACAAUGCCAUUAUGUUAUUUAGGAAUUUACAGCGUCAGGGAUUUAUCCCUGAGAUAGUGACGUACAAUAUUAUUAUCAAUGGACUUUGCAAGCGUGGCAGAUUGAGGGCAGCAAGGAAAAUGCUCCAGGAGCUUGGAGAAUCUUGUUUAGAGCCAAAUGCCAUCACCUACACUACAGUUAUGAAAAGCUGUUUUAGGUCGAGGAAGUAUGAAGAAGGGCUUGAGAUCAUGUCGAUCAUGAGGAGCAAAGGUUACACCUUUGAUGGCUUUUCACAUUGCACAGUUAUUGGAGCUUUAGUUAAAACUGGUAGGAUGGAUGAGGCAAAUUUUUACAUGGAAGAGAUGUUAACAAAUGGCAUUGAACUUGACCUAGUGUCUUAUAACACAUUAAUUAACUGGUAUUGUAAAGAAGGUGAUAUAGAAGUAGCCUAUAAGCUGUUGGACGAGGUAGAGAAAGGUGGUUUUGAAUGUGAUCAGUAUACGCACACAAUUAUAAUUAAUGGAUUGUGCAAGGCUGGUAAUAUUGAUGGUGCCCUACGACAUUUACAUUAUAUGGAUAUGAUGGGAUUUACUAUAAACUUGGUUGCUUUCAACUGUUUGCUUGAUGGAAUGUGUAAAUCUGGUCAGAUUGAUCGUGCAUUGAGGUUGUUUGAAACAAUGGAGAUCAAGGAUUCGUUUACCUAUACCAUCUUAGUGUGCAGUCUUUGCAGGGCAAGAAGGUAUCAGAGUGCAUCCAAGCUUUUGCUAGCUUGUUUAAGAAGUGGCAUGAGAAUACUCAAGUCCGCUCAACGGGCUGUUCUUGAUGGCCUACGUAGUACGGGGCUUACAAAUGAAGCAAAAAAGCUUCAGUCAAAAAUGCGAUUGGCUCGGAUGUAUAGUAAUGACUUGGGUAUGAUGUCCUAAGACAUGCUUGCCAGGGUACACAUUUAUUUAUUAUGAAGAGCUGCCCUCUUGGGAACGAGUUGUUAGUCAGCAGCACCAUGAAGAGGAAUUCUGUUUCAAACUCGAGUAGUUUUGGGAUAUAAUAUAAUUGUACCAAGACACAAAGUAGUAAUAGUAAGCACUGCUGCUGAAACUGCAUUAAUAAAAAUGUGCCUAAUUGCUUGUUCCAGCGUGUACAUUGCUCAUCCGAAUGCUGCUAUUGAGUGCAUACGGCUGAAAGGUCAGAUUAUGUGAGAUUGGAAAACAAAAUUUGGAACCUUCGUUACCAGGUCGAUUGGUCUUACAGAUGAAGUCUAAGUUUUGAUGGAUGAUGACUGAUAAACCUGUUUUUUGUUCGAAAGUUCUAGUACUAUUGAAAAAGUUGCCAAAAGAACGUGUAUAUUGAUUAUUUUUCCCUUCUUCCUUUCUGGUAGGUACACAUCUUAUUUGGGUGUGUUACUGAAAAAAAAAUCAAAUGUUAUAGCAUUACAGUAAAUGCUUGUCUAAAGUCAGUAGCUUUAACUUUAACACCAUUGGGAGGGAUUCUUGUCAAUUAUGGCCCAGUCUGAAGUGUAUUUUUUUGACCAAAAAAAAAACAAUUUAAUAAGAAGACAAGAUUCAUUUUGUGGUUCUGGAGGGGAUGGUCUGCUGUAUAUUUUCACUUAAUUUUAAUUUUAGUCAAGAGAACGUUUCCAA